AUGAUGGGGAUCUUUUUGGCGUCUGUUGGAUUUGUUUUCUUUUCUGUUUUAUAUGUGCAACAAGGGCUUUCUUCUCAAGCAAAAUUUACCGAGUUUCCGCGGAACGUGACGGCGACCGAGGGGCAGAAUGUGGAGAUGUCCUGCGCCUUCCAGAGCGGCUCCGCUUCGGUGUACCUGGAAAUCCAGUGGUGGUUCCUGCGGGGACCCGAGGACCUGGAGCCCGGGGCCGAGGUGGCUGGCGCUCAGGUGGAGCUCUUACCCGACAGAGACCCGGACAACGACGGGACCAAGAUCAGCACAGUGAAAGUCCAAGGCAAUGACAUCUCCCACAAGCUUCAGAUUUCCAAAGUGAGGAAAAAGGAUGAAGGCUUGUACGAGUGCAGGGUGACCGACGCCAAUUACGGCGAGCUGCAAGAGCACAAGGCCCAGGCCUACCUGAAGGUCAGCGCCAGCAGCCACGCGCGGAGGAUGCAGGCCUUCGAGGCCUCGCCCAUGUGGCUGCAGGACGCCAAGCCGCGCAGGAACGCCUCGGCCGCGGCUGCGGGCGCCGUGCACAGCCCGGCCGGACAGCGGACGCACCCCACCUCCAGCCCGCGGGCGGCCGCCGAAGUCCCCAGACAGAGUCCACACUCAGCAAAGAGCAAAUCGCCUGUAAAAUCUACGGAGCGGACAGCAAAGUUGACCCUAAACUCCAAGCACCACUCUGCACCCACUGUACUCUAG